AUGGCCGAACUCAACCCAGAACUGCGCGAAAAGCUGGAUGAGCUGGAGAAGGAGCUCGAGGAAGGAGAUAUCACUCAGAAAGGAUACCAGAAGAGACGUACGCAGUUAUUAUCUCAGUAUGGCCUCACUGAUGCUGCCUUGCAGCAGAAGCUGGGUGAGCUUCGCAUCCAUAACCCAGACGAACCCUCCUCUGCUCCCAAUCAAGAUCCUCGUGCCACUUCUCUCGCCGCUCUCAAUGCGAACCAACCCCCUGCCGAUGCCCGACCCGUCUCUAUCUCCUCAUCGAUAGAUUACCGUCCGCAAUCAUUGUAUGUUGCCAACCCUGAUCAGCAUCCUGCGAACCUCUUGGCCCCCGGUGGGCAUGCCGCAGAGGAACGUCCCAACUUGAGACAACACAGCUCCCUCUUCCUAGAAACCGGGCCCUUCCAAGAAGACCAGGGCCGGACUGCGACCAUGGCGUCGCAAAACUACGCCUUUAAUCCCGACCAGCAUGUUGCUUACGGCGAGCCAACUCCUACGCAGCACUAUGACAGCAGACACGGCACUCUCCUGGAUUCCCAGGGCUACUUCUCAGACUUUGCCGGGCAGCAGCAAGGUUACGACUCGGGCGCCCCUGGAGAGUACGGUGGUCCUCAUCGGUAUUCGUCGGGAGAGGCCUUCUCUCCCACAGCGGCUAUGGCUCCCCCGAUGAUCAACACCAGUGAGCUCCCCCCUCCUCCGGACGCCCUUCAGUAUCAGAUGCCUCUCGAGCCCCGCGACAUCCCCUUUGCGAUCCACGAUCCCCACGAUGCCAACACUCCGAUGUCCACUUUCGACAACAUCGCGGCCGUUCUGAGACAUCGCGGUCGCACCAACGAGAAGUCGCCGGCUUAUUGGGUUCUGGACAAUAAGGGUAAGGAGAUUGCUUCCAUCACAUGGGACAAACUCGCAUCGAGGGCCGAAAAGGUCGCCCAGGUGAUCCGAGAUAAAAGUUCGCUCUAUCGCGGCGAUCGCGUCGCCCUGGUUUACCGCGACUCGGAAAUCAUCGACUUUGCAAUCGCGCUGUUUGGAUGCUUCAUUGCCGGUGUCGUCGCAGUGCCCGUCAACGAGUUCCAGGACUAUGCAAAACUCAACUUCAUCCUGACCACUACCCAGGCCCACCUGGCCCUGACGACGGAUAACAACCUCAAGACCUUCCAGCGCGACAUCACUGCUCAGAAGCUAAACUGGCCCAAGGGAGUCGAAUGGUGGAAGACGAACGAGUUUGGCAGCUAUCAUCCCAAGAAGAAGGAGGACAUGCCCCCGCUGGCGCCACCAGACCUGGCUUACAUCGAGUUCUCGCGCGCCCCUACUGGAGAUCUGAGGGGUGUUGUGCUUAGCCAUCGGACCAUCAUGCACCAGAUGGCUUGUCUCAGCGCCAUCAUCUCUUCGGCUCCCGGAAACGGUCCCCCGGAUACCUUCAGCAAGACUCUUCGCGACAAGAACGGCCAGCUGAUUAGGAACAGUCCAGGCUCUGAGACCUUCCUCUCCUACCUGGAUGCUCGUCAGGGCAUUGGCAUGAUCCUUGGCGUUCUGCUGACUGUUUAUGGCGGCCAUACCACGGUCUGGGUCGAGAAUACGGUUGUCGAGACGCCCGGCCUCUAUGCCCAUCUGAUCACCAAGUACAAGCCGACCAUUCUGGUUGCUGACUAUCCCGGCCUCAAGUGGACUGCCUACAACUACCAGACCGACCCUAUGGCGACCAGGAACUUCAAGAAGGGCAUGGAGCCCAGCUUCUCCAGCGUCAAGCUCUGUCUGAUUGACACUCUCACCGUUGACUGCGAGUUUAACGAGCUCCUCGCCGACCGCUGGUUCCGACCUCUCAGGAAUGCACGCCCGCGCGAAGUCAUUGCCCCGAUGCUCUGUCUCCCUGAGCAUGGCGGCAUGGUAAUCAGCGUGCGCGAUUGGCUGGGCGGUGAGGAACGCAUGGGCUGUCUUCUGAAGCUGAACAGACCCUCGGAGGAGAACAAAGAGGACGAGAAAGAGAAGGAGAAGCAUAAGAAGGAGAAGACGGCCUCCACGGGUCCUUCGACGCUCCUCGGACAGGGUACGACAGCCACUACCGAGGAGCCUACCAAGAAUGACUUGGGGGAGGUUCUACUGGAUAGAGAAGCCCUCAAGCAGAAUGAGGUCAUGGUAGUUGCCAUUGGCGACGAGGUUAACAAGCGCGCCAAUGACCCAUCCACGAUUCGCGUCGGCGCUUUUGGCUAUCCCAUUCCCGACGCCACGCUGGCCGUCGUCGACCCCGAGACUUGUCUGCUCUCCUCUCCCAACACCAUCGGCGAGAUCUGGGUCGAUUCGCCUUCAUUAUCAGGAGGUUUCUGGGUCCUGCCCAAACACACCGAGCAGAUUUUCCAUGCCCGACCCUACAAAUUCGAGCCAGGCAAUCCGACGCCUACUCCUGUCGAGCCAGAAUUCCUGCGUACUGGUCUCCUCGGCACCGUCAUCGAAGGCAAGGUGUACGUCCUCGGCCUGUACGAGGACCGCAUCCGGCAAAAGGUCGAGUGGGUUGAGAACGGCACCGAAAACGCCGAGUACCGCUACUACUUCGUGCAGCAUCUUGUUGUCAGCAUCAUGCGCAAUGUGCCCAAGAUCUUUGACUGCUCGGCCUUUGACGUGUUUGUCAAUGACGAACAUCUUCCGGUUGUGGUGCUCGAGUCCCCGGCCGCGUCGACGGCGCCGGUCACCAACGGCGGUCCUCCUAGGCAGCUGGAUACCGCGUUGCUUGACUCCCUGGCUGAGAGGUGUAUGGACGUGUUGAUGCAGGAACAUAAUUUGAGGGUUUACUGCGUCAUGAUCACCGCCCCCAAUGCUCUGCCGAGGGUGUUGAAGAACGGCAGAAGGGAGAUCGGUAACAUGCUGUGCCGGAGAGAGUUUGAUUUGGGUAACCUCCAGUGCGUGCACGUCAAGUUUGCCGUUGAGCACGCGGUGCUCAACCUGCCGGUUGGCAUCGACCCUGUGGGCGGCAUCUGGUCGCCUCUGGCGUCCAACUCGCGUACUGAGCUGCUUGCUGGCGCGGAUAAGCAGUACUCGGGUAUUGACCGGAGAGAGGUUGUCAUCGAUGACCGGACGUCGACACCGCUUAACAAUUUCACCAGCAUUACUGAUCUGAUUCAGUGGCGCGUUGCGAGGCAGCCUGAUGAGCUCUCCUACUGCACCAUCGAUGGCCGCGGCAAGGAAGGCAAAGGCGUGACGUGGAAGAAGCUUGAUCUCAAGAUCGCUGCGGUGGCGGUUUACCUGAAGAACAAGGCCAAGCUGCGCGCAGGAGAUCAUGUAGUUCUCAUGUAUACGCACUCCGAGGAGUUUGUCUUCGCUGUGCACGCCUGCAUCAGCCUGGGCCUGGUUGUCAUACCCGUGGCGCCCAUGGACUCCAACCGUCUACACGAAGACGUCCCGGCCUUCCUGCAUCUCAUCGCUGACUACAAGGUCAAGGCCAUCCUAGUCAACCAAGACGUAGACCACCUCCUCAAGCAGAAACCCAUCGCCCAGCACAUCAAGCAAACAGCACAAGUCCUCAAGGUCCAACUCCCGAACAUGUACAACACGAGCAAGCCGCCCAAGCAGAACGCAGGCUGCCGCGACAACAACAUCACCAUGGACCCAGCAUGGACACAGCCGGGCUACCCCGUCGUAAUCUGGACCUACUGGACGCCCGACCAGAGGCGCAUCGCCGUCCAACUGGGGCACGACACCAUCCUCGGCAUGUGCAAAGUCCAAAAGGAAACCUGCCAAAUGACCAGCUCGCGGCCGGUGCUAGGUUGCGUGCGGAGCACGACCGGCCUAGGCUUCAUCCACACCUGCCUGAUGGGCAUCUACAUCGGCACGCCGACCUACCUCUUGUCGCCGGUCGAGUUCGCACAGAACCCGGCGAGCUUGUUCCUUAUCUUGUCGAGGUACAAGAUCAAAGACACGUAUGCUACGCCCCAGAUGCUGGAUCAUGCUAUGAACAUGAUGCCCGGGAAGGGGUUUACGCUGCACGAGCUGAAGAAUAUGAUGAUUACUGCGGAUGGCCGGCCCCGCGUGGAUGUUUUCCAGAAAGUGCGAAUGCAUUUUGCGGCGACGGGGUUGGAUCGCACGGCGAUUAAUACGGUCUAUUCCCAUGUGCUCAACCCGAUGAUUGCGUCGCGGUCGUAUAUGUGUAUCGAGCCGAUCGAGCUCUGGCUCGAUCCGAAGGCGUUGCGGAGGGGAUUGGUGUACUUGACGGAUCCGGAGCGCGAUCCCAAGGCGCUGUUGGUGCAGGACUCAGGGAUGGUGCCUGUGUCGACGCAGAUUGCGAUCGUGAAUCCGGAGAGUCGGAUGCUGUGCAGUGAGGGGGAGUACGGAGAAAUUUGGGUUGAUUCCGAGGCGUGUGUGAAAGCAUUUUAUGGGUCGAAGGAUCCGUUUGAUGUGGAGAGGUUUGAGGGACGGACGGUGGAGGAUCCGAGUAUAAGCGCGGUCUUCCAAGCAGGCGGCCUGGUCGUCGUCCUGGUCGAGGUAGCCCGCAAAGCCUACCUCGCCUCGCUCGUCCCCGUCAUCGUCAACGCCAUCCUCAACGAGCACCAAAUCGUCGUCGACAUCGUCGCCUUCGUCAGCCGAGGCGACUUCCCGCGCAGCCGUCUCGGCGAGAAACAGCGCGGCAAGAUCCUCGCCGGCUGGGUCACCCGUAAGCUGCGCACCAUCGCCCAGUUCGCCAUCAAGGAUAUGGACCGCGACAUACUUGGUUCGAGCCACAGCCACCAUGCCACUGGCAGCGUCAGUGUCGGGCAUCCGCCGGGUACUAGCUCAGGCGACCAGUCCUCGUCGACCCAUGGCAUGGGAGGAGGGGCUGAUAGUGAUCACCACCAUCGCAGUAGCCUGACUAGCUUCCGCAGCUCGAGUGCAGGCGUCCCUCAUGGACAGAGCAGCUCGCUACGAAAUGUCGAGCACGCCCCUCAAAUCCCUGAACAUCGCGAGCUAGACUUCCAGUUCGACUUUCCCCCGUCCUCUGGACCAGUCGAGAUGCCUGCUGACGAUCGCGUCCCUACUUUGCCACAAAUCAGUGAGGUCAGUACUACUACCAAUACCAAUAACCAGACCAGUAGUGGCAGUGGGAAUGGUGAUGACAUGGGCUCAUCGCCCACCCUUCCAACAAAUGCUUACGAGCUGCCUGAUGAACAGAACCGGCGGCGGAUAUCAUUAUCAUCAUCAUCACCACAACCACCACCACCAAUGGAGUCGUCUGCGGACCAAGGCCAGGGCCAAGGAUAUCAAGAGCAACAGAGACCUGCCUCGUCGCAACCGCAGCAGCAGCUGCCGCCGCAGAUAAGGCUGCCGGGGGUUGAUGGACGGGAGAGUCUUAGUGAGGACUGGUUGAAGGACACGUAUGCGAGUAUGAAUUUGGCGGGGACGCUUUCGGGGAAGUGA